CUCAUAAUCAUAUGGUGGUUUUGGGGUGUUAAAGCCCACAUAUCAAUUACUUUAAAGGGAUGUAUAGCUUUAUUAGUUGAAUCUUAAAGAUUGGUUUGUGGACCUGGUGUCCAUGCAUUCAUUCUAAGCAAUUUCUGUUAGCUACCCUGUGGUUGGUCCAGUCCGGAUAAGAGCAUGCUGACAUUAAUUUGGAAACAUGUUUUUGAGCAUUUCUUUUUGUGAGAAUUUGUUGCGAGGCUAAUUUUUUUUUACUUCCGGUUUCUGUUGUCAUGAGGGAUGAAAGGUGCUUAUAGAAUGUGGACUUGGUAAGCCACUCUGGGUAGCUGCGGUGACGUUACAGGCUUGCUAUCUUGUCAAAUAAAAAAACGAGCAUAUUUUCAAUGGUUUUACUGUGCAAGGUUUUUGCACCUUGCAAAGGCAUGUGUCUGCACUUGUCUCUCUGGCCUAUAAGCCAAAUAUACCGGUCUUGUAACAUUAUGUUAAUGGUUCAGUUUAAAAUGAGAGCAAAUGAAAAAUAUGCUUGUGUGUCCUGCAAUUGUUACUGAGAGGGGCAAUUUUGUGGAUGUUAAAGUUCACAGGUUGUAUACUUAAUUUUAAGUGCAAAUCAAAUAACACCAGGCUAUAAAAGAGUCUGAGUCCCAUGCUUCAAGGCCAUGUAGUUGUUACAGCUCAUAUAAAUAAAAAAAAAAUUAAUACCAACUGGCCCAGUAUUCGCAUUCUCAAGAUAUAGGUUCCAUUUGUGUUAUUUUUACCGGCAUACUUAUGCCACAGGAGUAGUUGGCCAUGAAAAAUAUGUGCGACAUAGCAAGAAAUUACCAGGCUGCCCUUUAGUUGCUAGUGCAUUUUGACACCAGCCUUGAUACAUAACCAUUUGCACAUUGAGGAUAAGCUGGGCUUGUUUGCGUGAUUAGAAAGUGUACUAAGAAUGCUGUGUGUCCAAGAAUGUAUGCAUGAGGAUCUGCUGUUUCUGCAUAGUUUUGACAGCAGUUGGGUCUUCCACCUCCACUUAGAGCAACUCUAGAUGGCUAGUGUAAAGGUGCAAAGCUUACUGACUUUUAUCUUUGUGUCAGUGGGAGUGUGAAGCAGUGUAAUGAAUAUUUUAAUUUAAGGAGUUCUUUAAGUGUAUAGAAUUCAUGAAACUUGAUGGGAUAAAUGUGGAUUAAUUUUAUGAAGACACAUAUGUAAAGCAGGAAUUUUCACUGUUGCUUUAAUUUAGUACAAACAGUGGUACAAGGGUUGGAAUAUAUAUGCAGGCGGUUAAAAUAAGCUCCCAAGCUGACAAUAGUCUGCAUCAAAGCACUACUUAACACUAGUUAUGUGGGGAAACUAAUGUUGCAGCUUUUGCAAAUAAAUGCUUCGUGUAAACUACUAUAGGCAUUUAAGGUAAUUCUGGUAUUGUUGAUUUGAUUAAAAAUUUACUGGCUCUUUCCUGCAAAUGGCACCUCUACAAACACGCACCUAAUCAGGCCUGAUACAGAACAAACUGCAUUUCUCGACUGUGAUUAGCUCCUCUUCUGGGACAAUUAUGACAGAAAAUUUUUAUUCAGAUUGGGCUUGACUGGGAUGGGAAAGUAAGUGGUGACACCCAUCUAAUAAAUGCACAUCACCAGUCUCAACAGUGGGAAAUAUGGCUGUGGUCAAUGCAACAUUACAUUUAGCAGCUUAAAUUUUUGGACAUAAUUGCAGCUUGUUUUUGACGAAAAAUUUAUUUUUUAUUGGAAGGCCUAUUGUCCUUUGACGCACUUUUCUCCACAUAGCUUAGAAUGUGCUAUUUUCUCUUUUAUUUUGGGAUGCCUUUAUGUGUUGAUUGCAGUUAGUUUUCUAACCAUUGCCUUGUGCAAAUGCACUAAAGUACUAACUUUGAUGUUGCAUAAGUGGUGUGCAGCUCAUAAUUACUGGAAUCAAUGCCUCAAGUCCUUGGUCAUCAUCUGUCAGAUAAGAUGAAGGAGGUGACAGGGGUGCGCUUUAGCAUCUCCAACCCGAACCUGGUGUACAACUCGUGCAGGGAUGGCAGCGUCCGCGUCUGGGACCUCCGAAACAUCAGACACCCAGUCUCCAAGUUUGUUGCCAACACAGAUGGAAAGGUGAAGCCGUUGUCAUGCUUUGACUUCAACUGCAACGAGCAGUUUUUGUGUGCUGGCACAGACCUCUACGAUGACAACGCAUACCUACUUUUCUGGGAUUUCAGGAGCAACAAAAUCCUUGGUGGCUAUUGGGACUCCCAUAGUGAUGACAUCACACAGAUCAAGUUCCAUCCGUCGAAGCCCAACUGCAUGGCCUCGUCCAGCAUGGAUGGCCUGGUGAACCUGUUUGACAUCAGCCAGACAGACGAGGAUGAUGCAUUACAGACCACUGUGAACUGCGACUGCUCGAUUAGCAAGAUGCAGUGGGUGAGGCACCAGACUGGUGAGGAGUUGAUCUCUGUCAUCACUACAGAUGAAGUGGUUCAGAUUUGGAGUCCCGACGAGGUUCAUCCAAGAAAAGUCAUUACGAGAUCAGACUUGACUUCGAUGUUCACUGAGCCAGUUCGAGUUGAUCACAUUGUGGAUAAUGUGAUGUUUGAGGACAAGAUGUAUAUCACGGCUGGUUCUGCCAAGGGUCUCGGCCUUUUAUGGAAUGUAACAGAAGAGCCCGAGCUCAUCUCUGUUCUUUGGCGUGGCCACAGGGAUUUGCCAAGAGUUUCCGCAUUGACCAAGUACUUCGUGGUUACUGGUGCGGAGGAUGGCAAUGUGUGCAUCUGGAGGCCAGAGACUGAGUGUCCUCCACAGCCAGAUGAAGAAGAGUCUGAAGACGAAGUAACUGAGAACAGCUCUCGUGCCAGUGCUGAUAGAGAUGACAAAUCUGAUCAUUCUCGUGAUUGGUCGCGGUCAAGAAGCAGGUCACGGUCUCGUAGCCGUUCUCGAGGAAGGUCACGGGAUCGAUCAAGGUCUAGGUCAAGAGGCCGCUCUAGGGGGCGAUCUAGGGAUAGAGGGAGGUCACGCGACCGAUCCCGUGAGAGAUCUCGCAGCCGCUCACGUAGGCGUUCAAGGGGGCGAUCAAGAGAUCGAGGAAGGUCACGAGGUCGUUCGAGGGGAAGAUCAAGGGAUCGCUCCAGGGGUAGGUCAAGAGGUAGAUCGCGAGACCGCUCGAAGGCAAGGUCGCGAGAUCGUUCCAGGGGUAGGUCUAAAGACCGCUCCAGGAAAAGAUCAAGAGACCGCUCUAGGAAAAGGUCGCGAGACAGGUCUAGAGGACACUCGAGGGGGAGGUCGAGGGACCGCUCUAAGGAAAAGCCAAAAAACAGAUCAAAAGAUAUUAGGGAACGAUCUAGAGACCGUUCCAAGGGGAGGUCAAGGGAUCAUUCACGUGACAAGCACAGGUCAGAUAGGGAUCGUUCUAAGGAAAAGUCUAGCCGUUCUGACAAAGACAAAUCUGAUCGCAGCCGUUCAGACAAAAGCAAAUCCGACCGCGAGAAAUCUGAUCGCGAUCGAUCAAACAGAGACAGGUCAGAGAAGGAUAAAACAGACAAUGAUAAGUCGGACAGAAGCAGAAUGGACAGGGACAAAUCUGAAAAAGACAAAAGUGACAGGAGUCGAUUAGAUAAGGGUAAGUAUGACAAGGACAAAACUGAAAGGGAUAGCAAGUCUGACAGGGAUGGCAAAUCUGAUCGGGACAAAGAACGUUCUGAAAAAGCUGAGAAAGGAAAGGCAGAGCGUGACCGUUCUAAAGAUAGGUCUGAUAUCAAGGAAAACAACAGUUCCGAACGAAACAAAGCAUCAGACCGUGACAAGUCCGACAAAAUGGAUGGUGAAAAGCUAGACAGAGAAAAUUCCCACCAGGAUAGGUCUGAUGGUGAGAGCAAGUCUGAUGGAGACAAAUCUUCAAGCAAGUCCGACAGAGUAGACAAGUCAUCUCACAAGAUGCCUUCAUCAGUGAAAGAGAAGUUGAGCUCAUCACAUAAUAGCAAGCCGUACUCAAGAUAGCCACGAAGUGGUCGGCAUUCGCAUGCCAUGCUUGUUUCAUUCACAAAUCACAUUGUGUGCUUGUUGUUUUUUUCCUCUUUUUUUUAAAAAACAAUUCACGUGGUCAUGACUCUGUCCAUUUCUUUGGGGUCUCUUCAUCCCCCCCCCCCCCUAUUUCUCCCUGGUUAUCUCAAGUGAUGUGAUUCUGCAUUUUGAAUAAUAUAAGGCCUUCAUACUUGCUGUA